AUGCUACGAAGGUUGAUCACAGCUACAGCAUUUGAUGUCGAGAAAACAAACGAAGAUAUGAGCGACAUUGAGUUUUUUUUGCGGGAGAACAAAAAAGUGAAAAAAUACUCAGACUUUCCUACGUCCCCCUGGUCACUCGGGUAUGUGUAUCUGUCUGAACACGCCCUAGUUGACAUCCUCUGGGCGAACGAAGAUACCAAGCAGCUGCUGGAGCGUAUUCUGCCUCUCAAUAAUGCUUCCAAGACUGCAAUGUAUGAGUGUGUACAGGGAACAAAAGGGGUUUUGAUACAGGCUCUCUUUUGUGACAUUGGAGACGAAGAAGACCCCAGCCAAGAACUGGAGCUUUCUCAGGGAUUUCUCAACACGACGUGUUCAAAGGCGGCCGGUGAAGACCUAACAGAUGAAGACUACGCAAACAUAAACUGGAAGAGGAGCUCCAAGCUGCUUGAAAACGUUGAGCUCACAUUCAACGAACCAGGGCGAUGCCCAUCCGCAAACACCACAACUAUCGUCGGAUGUGAUCCUGGUAUUGUUAACGCCCUUACGUUUUCCGCGCUGGACCCUCACAACCCUAACUUGCGGCAAACGGUAAAGGUGAGAAGCAGGUUCUUGUACCUCCCCGUCCUCCGCUUCAAUCACCUGUUGAACAAAAGGAAGCGUGAAAAAGGAAUGAUUGAGGUUGAGAGCGCCAUCCCUGUGUUUGGAAGGGAUACGUACAAUGAGUACUUUCAAUGGAUGAACGAGGAGUCUCAGACACAGACAGGAUCAACGAAUUUGGAUGUGCUUCAAGAGUUCUACGAGUCCAGAUGGCACCUGAAAAAAAAAUGGGACCUACGAAAGGCUCAACGAGCUACGUUCGACUACGCGGUACAGUGAGUGUUGAAGAUGCUUGGGGAUAAAGG